AUGGCCAAAGAAACACGAUCUGGUGAUGCCAAAGUGUCCAAGCGAGCUUCUGUUGAUGGUGGCAAGAAGCGCAAGGAUCCCAAUGCUCCCAAACGAGGCCGUUCAGCCUACAUGUUCUUCUCUCAAGAACAACGAUCAACCAUCAAAGAAGAAAAUCCGGAUGCUUCCUUUGGUGACAUUGGCAGACUCUUGGGUCAAAAAUGGAAGGGGUUGACUGACGAAGAAAAGAAGCCAUACAAUGACAAGGCUGCCGCUGAUAAGCAACGAUACGAGGAAGAAAAGGCCAUGAUGAGCGGCUAA